AUGCCACGUUCCUAUUCUCGUUCUCGUUCACGUUCGCCAGUAACAUCAUCGUAUCGUCGUCAUUCACGUUCGCCAAGACGUAACAAUAAUGAUCAGGAAGAAGACGAUAACAAUAACUCUCGGUUACAUGUUGCUGAUUUAUCAUUAAAUUGUACGAAACGUCAAAUUGAAAAAGCAUUUGAAAAAUGGCCAAUAGCUGAAGUUUGGCAUGCUCAAGCAUCAUGUUUUGCUUUUGUUGUUCUACGUAAUCAUGAUGAUGUUCAACCAGCAAUUAAUGAACUUGAUGGCCGAUAUAUUGGUGAUGCACGUGUUCGUGUCACGUUAGCUCGACCACGUAUACGUGCUAGUGGUGGCGGUGGUGGUGGUCGAAGAUAUUUUGAUCCAAACAAGCGAUGCUAUCAAUGUGGCGGCCGUGGACAUUUCAGUCGUGAUUGUGGUAGUGAACAACAAAACAAGAAACGAUCUGGCAAUGGAUAUCGGUCACGUUCGCGAGAACGUCGUUAUGAACGAUCGCAUUCUCGAUCUCGUUCACGUUCACCUCGUCCACGUGUUAUUCGAGAAUAUCGUCGACGAUCACCACCAAGAUCGAAUUAUAAAUCACGUGACAAUGGUUCUGGUUAUUUUUCCAGUCCACCUCGAACAUAG